CAUUUUUGUAGUCAUAUAUGAAAAUAUUCACUUUCACUAGGCGAACGUGUAUGGUCGGUGAAGACCCAGGUUUAUAACGCUUAUAUGUCUUAAGUAGUUUGACCAAAACCCUUGUUGUCAAUGCAUCCUACCUAGUAGGUCUUUUCUGUCUCCCGCAGCAGGGAAGCUCGAGUGAGUGAACCUCGACCGUUGAAUAACUUCACUCUAUCAUCGACAACACCCAUAAUCUACGACAGUAUCGCGAACCUGAAUACGGAGCGACUUCAAUACCGAUAUCCUAGCAGUGAUCAUACAUAGAUGACUGAACGUCCAACGCUCCCCCGAGGCGACGUGGCUCCGCUCAAUGGAGGUUUCAUUACAAAACGGACCUGGCGGGGUUAAUGGAGGGAGCUCAUUAUCUCGGGCAGAGAGGUUUGAAGAUGAGAAGCGGAGGAUAAUCGAAAGCUGCUUUGGGAAAAAGGAUGAGGAUGGUUCUUUAUUGGAAUCAUACAUCACGCACAUAAAGAUCACAGAAGAUUCCAACUCCCCAUCUAGUCCUCCGCCACCCACUUCCGACCCUUCAUCGAAAAAGCCUCGCCUGAUCAUUGUUGCUGUUCGCAAAUCCGGACGUGUUCGCAUGCACAAAGCGAGAGAGAACGUGAAUGGUUCGUUCUCGAUUGGGAAAACAUGGAUGCUCGAUGAUCUUUCUGCAGUUCAGUCAUAUAGUGGCGGUCCUGCUGCGAGUCUCGAAGAAGAACAGCAGAAGCAAUGGGCCGGAAAUGUUGGGUUUACCGUCACAAUUGGCAAGCCAUACUACUGGCAGGCAAACACCCAGAAAGAAAAGCAGUUCUUCAUCGCAAGUCUUGUCAAAAUAUAUACGAAAUACACAGGUGGAAAGUCUCCUGAAUUAUUCGGAUUCGAUGCCAGGGAAAAGGAUCAACUUACUGGAGCGUCUCCUGCUCAGCGUCCGCCGCCGCCGUCUUUACAAGCAGGUCCACCUCAGAAUCCAAGUCCAUCAUAUGGAUCUCAGGUCAGGCCGACCAGACGUGAGCCUUCGAGGGAGCCACCGAUAUUAAGAAAGCAACCCAGCCGAGAAGUUGUACAACGUCCUCCGGGUCAGAUACCACCUAGUGGAACGUCGUUCACAUCCCAGACAUCGAGGCCCCAAUUUAGAAAUCAGCGUAUGGAGUCACCAAAUGGCAGUUUAGAUGCUAGUGGGAAUGGCCCCGUACAGAAUCAACAAGGUCUGAGAAAGCUAGUUGGGUCAAACCAGAGCCAGGAGUCGUUCACUAGAAGUGAUGACGGCUCAAGUCUUCCCCCUCGAUCGCGCAAUGGACUCAAUGGCACACCAAAUGCACCCGGACGAUUUCAGGAUCGCAGCGUCACACCAGGUUCACAGCGAGCUACAACUCCAGACAGUACCUUGUCAUCUAGUACCAGAGACAACAACAAUGACGUGCCUCCAGUACCUGCUCCUUUAACCAUUCCACCUGAACGACGCCGACCGCCGAUGCCUAUUAUCGGUGAUGCACGGCAAAGGGCGCAAAAUUCUAACGACAAUAUCGUCCCCGCACCACUAUCUAGUCCAGGAAUGAGACGAGAGGAUUUGAGACCACCAACACGUAGCAGUGAUCGAACGUCACCACGUGAUAGAGAUGCGGACAACACACAAACUACAAACGGAUUUAGCAAACCUGACGUACCCCGCGAUGUGCCAGUCGAAAAGUUCCAGCAACAAGAACCUCAGAACUUGGUCGUAGAUCCUCCUGAGCCAGCCCCAGUCUCUCCCAUCGAAUCACCAGCAGUUCAGAUGCCCGAAGAGCCUGUAGAGGAAGUUCGGCCCGGCCUUGGACCAAUGAUUAAGAAAAAGUCCAAAGGCGACAUCGCUGGAUCAUUUAUGCGCGCUGCCAAAGCAGCAAAUGCUUUCAAUUCCUUCAAACCACGUGCUGGUGGUGCAGCUGAACGUCUUAGGGAGGCAGCAUUGGCCAAAUCUCCAGAUGGACCAGAUGGCAUCACCAGUGUCGUACCAGCCCCAUCUCUACUCCGUGCUAUGAGCGGUGACAGCGGGAAAUUACCGACAGCCUCCCCAAUAGCAGAAAAAACAUCACCUUCAAAUUCAGUAGACAACAUCCCCGAAGUAAAGAUCACUGUUCCUGUCUCUCAAAAUGAACCAGUUGCCCCCGCUACAUAUGAUCCAGGCCAAGGUCCCUUGUCAGCACAAUCCGAUGGCAGCUUGACUGACAAGUCCAAACCUCGGGAGGUGAAAAGAACCAAGACAGCAGCCGAAAGAUGUGCGGGAGAACUUCAGUCCAUUGGUAUUGACCCCAUAAUUAUUGGCGAUCGAGGCGGAGACUUAGUUGAUGCCUGGGAACAAUUUGGUUGGACCCCAGGAGAGGGUGGCGGCAUGAGAACGAAGAACAUCGAUCAGAUGAAAGAAGAAAUUGAACGUGAACUGAACAAGGUCCAAGCAGGCGGCUGGCUAGCAAGAUUGGAACAAGAGGAUGAUAGAAUUAAGGCGGUUCACGAUGGUCUCGACAAAUGUAUCGAAGAGUGUGAUGAGCUCGAUGCUUUAUUGACACUCUACUCUGUAGAGCUUGGUACUCUGAAUGAAGAUAUCGCCUACAUAGAGGCCCAAUCUCAAGGCUUGCAAAUUCAAGCUGCAAAUCAGAAGCUUCUCCAGGCUGAGCUCCAGACACUGCUUGGUACUAUUUCCAUCUCCUCAGAACAACUCGACUUCCUCCGAGAAGCAUCUUUGGAGAAUACAAAUUCCAUUGAACAGAUCGAGACAUCUCUGGUGAUGCUAUUCAAAGCCAUGUUGACAAUCGAUCCUUCUCUGGGCAUAUCCGUCUCCCGGCCAAGUAAUGAUGGUGGCAGUCUCAGCUCCGGACGACCUGGUGGUUUCGGCAAUAGUGAGCUUGGAAGCAUGAGGGUCUUGCAAGAAAAGAAAGAUGUCUACAAAAACGAGAUCUCAAUGUUUCUCCGACGUCUCAAACCUUUCCUGCAAAUCAAAUUUAGAGCUGCAGUCGCUGAAAUCCAGCAGGCCUUGGAACGUGAGAAAGGAAGUCAACUUACCAGAGCUGCUGGUAAAGCUAAGAUUGAUUCCCGGAAUCACGAUCUUGGACGGGAUCUGCUUUGGAGAUACAGUCCUUUGAUGCUCUUCUCUCGCGAGGUUGACCGUCUUGAAUGGGAAGACCUGUUGAAGAUGUACGAAGAGGAGUUCCGCGCCCUAUACAAAGAUGAGUUCAGAGAAGCCCUAUUCUCGUGGAAACGAAUCGUCAGAAAGCCGACUGGUGAUGAAGCGGACCUUCUUUUCACUUCUCAGACAGAGAAGCAAGCUGAAGGCAUUGUUACCACGACACGGAAACUGACAGUAAAGCGAAGUCAAACUUUAGCCAAGAGUCUACGUUCUCCACUUGGAGACAAUAGCAGCAAGACAACGAUUGAUAGGGCUGACGGACGCUUGCAACCAUACGAACUUUUUGGUGGCUAUCUAGACGAAUUGGUCCCCAUCAUGAGUAUGGAACAGAAUUUCAUUGUGGAAUUUUUCCACAUCUCAUCACUGGAGCAAUUCGACUUUGCAGAAGCUGUUGCUGCAACACCACCCAACGCCCGUCGUGGUGCUGAUCUUAGGAGGCCCAGAGUCAUGGAUCCCAACAGAGAUCUAGCUAAGCUUGUUGUCCAGUCCAUGGAAGAGGUUUAUGACUUUUUCUCAAGUGAUAUGCAGAGUCUCAUCGACUGGACAUUACAGUCUGAUCCAUUACAAGGUGUGGGUGUAAUUGCGGCUGUGGAACGAAAGCUAGUAACCCUAGAAGAAUCAAGCCAAGAGUUCCUUACACGAACAUUGCAGAAGCUCCAUCAAAGACUUCUUGGUCUAUUCACCAAAUUCUUAGAUGAACAAGUUCGUGCAAUUGAGGAAACCAAAGUUAAGAUCAACAAACGCAAGGGCGUCAUUGCUUUCAUUCGCGUGUUUCCAUCGUUCUCUUUGGCGCUGGAGACUAUGCUCACCACUUCACACGAUCUCGAGAUUCGAGAGACUGUCAAUCACGCCUAUGCGCGCAUCAACAAGACUAUGUUCGAGUCUUUGAAGGUCAUCGCGAGAGAAAAUCCAGCGGCCCAUAUCGCCGGCGCCGAUCCCGAAGACAAAGAGGCUCUCAAUUACCAGAUCUUGCUUAUUGAGAACAUGAAUCAUUACCUGGAAGAGGUUGACUCUCGUGCCAACCCAGUUCUGGAAGAUUGGAAACAAAAUGCUGCUCAAGAAAUGGACGAGCAUAUGACGCUCUACCUUGGAGCUGUCAUUAGACGACCUUUGGGCAAGCUGCUUGACUUCCUAGAGAGCACAGAAUCUUUAAUGCUUUCACGGCAACCUGGAGAGCCAUCGUCGAAGAUCUCUAGCAUGCCUAGCCACUCCAAAGCUACAUUCAAGAAGGUACUUGCUAGCUACGAUUCGAGGGAGAUCAGGAAGGGGAUUGAGCAGUUGAAGAAGAGAGUCGAGAAGCAUUUUGGAGAUGCAGACGAUCCAAAUCUCAGUCGCGGCCUCGUCAGCAAAGUCUUACAGAAUUGCGAGAAGUACUAUGAGAAAGUUGAGGAUCGCAUCUUGACCAUCAGCAGAGAUGUAUAUGAUGGAGACGUUAUUGCUGAGUGGACGAGAGCGGAAGUCUCCGCUGCGUUUAGGAAGUGAUGAUUAAAUAUGGGCGAGGAUUUUACGGGGAGAGAAGGCAUCGAGUAGAAGCAUCAUGACCACGACUGGUUUUGGAUACGUCUUUCCAUUCACAUGUAUUUGAGCGGUAUUUUACCUUGGCUUCGUGCUCAAGGAAUGGCGUUGUGAGGGCUGCAUCAAAACGCUUUGUACAAUUGUAAGGAUAUAUACCAUUCGAGCCGAAAUGUAGAGAUGUCAACAAACGUCUUUGCCCGAU